AUGAUAUGCAAAUCUAAUCAUAAAUGCCAGUUUAAUCCAGCUCCGAAUCACGUCUCCCUUAUAGUAUCAGGUGCUGGGGGGGGCGGUAGUAGCAAUACUCUUUUUGGACAGCAUAAUCUCGCCGGUUCUGGAGCCUCCGGAGGUGCUGGUAAUUUUAUACGUGGCUUUCCACCUACUGCUGGUCCGGGUCAAGCCUUCAGUUCUACGUGUGGCCCAGGUUCCGGGCAAUCAUUGCCCGGCUUCGGUCAUGGGUCGACUGGCCCUGGGACAGGCACUGGCUGUGGUCUUAGUGGAGUAGGACCAGGGCAAGCUGGAAUCCGCCCAGCAGGACCGGGCACGUCAAAUUUACUUAAUUUACACCCAGGACAGCAGACAAGUCAUCCUGCGUCUAUUUCUCGGCCCAGCCCUUCGGGUAUUCCGCCAGUCCAAAUUCCACAACAGAAUAUCACUGGAACUGGAGCUUGGCCGCCUGCUCAUCAAAUGCCUUCUGAAUCCGGUCAUCCACUUGAUGAUUCUAUCUGUGCUAAUCUAUGGGGUGGCUCGCUCAUUGACAACGUUCCAGGCCCGAUCAGCAUGAGCUAUGGGAUCGGCCGCCCAAUUGGAAAACAGCAGUCACUAUCACAACAGCAGCAGUCAUUACCACAACAUCAUGGACAACUACCUAUGGGCCAACCUCGCUGGUUGACCUCUGGCUCUGAUGCUUCAACGACUUCUUAUUCCCUUAGUGCUACUGGUGGCGGCAGUGGUGCAGCCUACACUCCAUCAGGCUGGCCUACUACCGAUCCUAGGAAGCUCAUUGGCAGCGGCGCCGGUCCAUCCAGUUCUACAUGGUCCCCUUCAACCGCUCCAGGAAGCACUCCCACAGGUCCUCUUGGUCUCCAAACUCCGGGGCCUCCCAUGUCUGUUACCAGCAGCUCCUUUGAUAUCCCCGGAGGUUCCUCCACGUGUGGUACUGGGACUGGUGGGUUUUCAAGACCCACUUCGCUGUUGCCAGGUGCAGGAGGUAUAAGUCAUAUUGGCGUAUCGGGCCAAUUUGGAGGGCCUCCCAGUUCAUUACAGUUACAUGCGAUGAUUCAACAGCAUCAUCAGCAGCAACAACACCAGCAUCAUCUUCAGCAGGAGCAUCCACCUCACCAGCGACCACUUCUUGGAAGUGGGAGCGCUGUGGCUCAUGCUUUACAGCAACAGAGCGUACUUCGUGCUAACCUUAUUCGCCAGCUUUUGGCAGUCGGCUUUUCAGAGGAAGAGAUCCAUAAUUCAUUAGUGGAAAAUAAUAUGGACAUGGAACGAGCACUUAGCAAGUUCACAUAUUUCACAUUUUUAAAUUAG